AUGGAGGAGCCGCAGAACCACAGCGGGCUCCGGAACAGCUCCGCGGAGGAUGGCUUCAGUUUUGAGGACAUUGACGUGAGCGCGGAUGGCAGUCCCAUCCUGCGCAUCCUCAUCUCGGUCAUCUACAGCGUGGUGUGCGCCGUGGGGCUCGUGGGGAACCUGCUGGUGUUUUUCCUCAUGAAGCUGCGCCAGGGACGCAAGAAGUCCAACAUCAACACGUUCAUCCUCAACCUGGCAGUCACGGACUUCCAGUUCGUGCUGACUCUGCCCUUCUGGGCCGUAGACACGGCUCUGGACUUCAGCUGGCCCUUUGGAGACGCCAUGUGUAAGAUCAUCCUGUCCGUGACCGUCAUGAACAUGUACGCCAGCGUCUUCUUCCUCACGGCCAUGAGCGUGACCCGGUACCUGUCCGUGUCCUCAGCGCUCAAGAAGCGGGCGUUCAGGCGCACGAGCUGCGUGCGCUGGGUGUGCGCGGUGCUGUGGGUGGCCGCCACUUUGGCCACCGCGCCCACCGCGGUUUUCUCCACGGUGACGGUGGUGGCGGGGGAGAAGCUGUGCCUGCUGCGGUUUCCUGAGGGUUAUGACUGGCUGGCGCUGUACCACAUCCAGAAGAUCCUGGUGGCCUUCGUGGUGCCCAUGCUCAUCGUGUGCGCGAACUACCUCCUGCUGCUGCGCUUCGUGCGCCGCCGCAGCAUGGACACCACAAACCCGCGGCGUCGAUCGCGCGUCACGCGCUCCGUGGCCAUCGUGGUGCUGUCCUUCUUCUGCUGCUGGAUGCCCAACCACGCCAUCACGCUGUGGGGGGUACUGGUCAAACUGAACGCGGUCCACUGGGACAAGUCCUACUACCUCGUGCACACGUACGUGUUCCCCGUGACCGUGUGCCUCGCGCACACGAACAGCUGCCUAAACCCGGUGCUCUACUGCCUCAUGCGCCCGGAGAUCCGGAAGAUGCUGAGCGGGACCUUCUGGAAAGUGUCCGUCCCCAACUCCAACAAAGCGUGCGCCACGCGCUCUUUUACGCAGGGAGACACGCAUGGCGUGGUGCCGGUGCAGCUGCCGGACAACGCGGAGUACUCUCUGUCCAUUAUCGACCGCAAGGGACUGUCCACGUGCAAGAGCGCGCAGCACAGUGCCUUCACCAUCUCCACGGGACACUGA